AUGGCUGGCCCUGUGGUGAAAGAUGUAUCUCAAUAUCUUCAAGCUAGACAAAGUGAAUCUCCAAAAGAAAUAGCAUCCGAUUGGGCUAAAUUAGAAGAGUUAUACAAUAAGAAGUUAUGGCAUCAGUUAACAUUAAAAGUUGAAGAAUUUGUGAAAAACCCGGCCUUGCAAAAGGGAGAUGCUUUGAUUAAAUUGUAUAAUAAUUUCAUAUAUGUUUUUGAAAACAGAAUUAAUCCUUUAUCACUUGUUGAAAUAGUAGCAUAUGUUAUCACUCAAUUUUCUGAUCCAAAAGAAGCUGUUGAAUUUUUAGAAAAAACUGAAGGCAAAGUAAAAGCCAAUAACCAAGCGGUUACCCUUUGUAAAGUUCUUAAGGGUGACAUUUUAUUACAAAAAUUACAUGAUCAACCAGGCACAAAGAAAAUAAUAGAAGAAGUGGAAAAAUUGUUGGAUGAAAUCGAUGGUGUCACAACAGUUCACGGAAGAUAUUAUCUAUUGGCUGCUCAGUAUUAUCGUCAACAAGGAAAACAUGCAGACUAUUAUAGAACUGCUUUGAGAUAUUUAGGUUGCAUUGAAUUAAAUGAUUUGUCUAAAGAAGAACAGGAACAACAUGCAUUUUUCCUCGGUAUAGCUGCACUAUUAGGAGAAGGUGUAUACAAUCUAGGAGAAUUGCUUAUACAUCCCAUUCUUGAGACACUUAAAUAUACAAAUAAAGCUUGGUUGGUCGAACUCCUUCAAGCUUUCAAUUCAGGAAAUAUAACAAAAUUUGAUAAAAUGAAACCUCAGUGGUCUUCUGUCCCCGAUUUGAAAGCUGAAGAACGUAAACUAAGACAAAAAAUUUCACUUUUAUGCCUAAUGGAAAUGACUUUCAAAAGAUCUUCAAAUAACAGACAGUUGACUUUUGAUGAAAUUGCAGCAGAAGCUAAACUUCCUGUUAACGAAGUCGAACUUUUAGUCAUGAAAGCUUUGGCACAAGGAUUGGUUCGAGGAGCCAUAGAUCAAGUUUCGAAUACGGUUAACAUGACUUGGGUUCAACCUAGAGUUUUAGAUAAAAAUCAAAUUCAUUCGAUGGUUGAAAGAUUAGACAAUUGGUGCAAAGACGUGGCACAAAUGGAAAAUCUUUUGGAAACUAAAGGAUGCGAUUUCGUCACUUUAUAA